UUCAAUUUCUGAUUCUAAGCAGUCUUCCCUUCCCAACUCUGGAUGAGCUUCUUGGCGUGGAAACACACUAUCCAACUCCAAGAAUGAGAUUCGUUCGUGCUCCUCCGAUCUCCUCCAGAGCAAGAAAAAACUAUUCGACCCCUGGAAGGGCUAUAGAUAUAUAAUAAUUACUGUAUUCCCAGUUUCCCAUACGGCCACGCCUGAAUGCCCGACCUCCGUCCGAUCCGGUCAAAUCCUCGCCGCCCACGCCCCCGCCUCCGCCGGCGAUGCGGGGCGCCGACCUCAUCAACCCGGCGCUCCCCGACGAGCUCCUCGACGACGUGAUCCGCCGCGUCGGCUCGGGCGGGGCCAAGCGCGACCUCGACGCCUGCGCGCUCGUCUGCCGCCGCUGGCGCCGCCUGGAGCGCGCGUCGCGCCGCUCCGCGAGGCUCGCCGCGUCCGGGGAGCGCGCCGACGAGGUGGUGCGCCUCGUCGCCGAGCGCUUCACGGCGCUCACCGAGGUGUCGGUGGACGAGCGCCUCACCGCCGCGGCCGCCGCCUCCGGGUCCGCCCCCAGAUCGUACCGCUCCGGAACGCUGCAUAUUCCUAACCGGAUCCGACGCCGGAGGAGACUGCCCCUCGCAUCAAACCUUACUCUUCAUAUAGCCCCGUUCCCGUUGGACCAGCCAGUCAGUGAUGAAAGGACAGAGCGCAGCUGUUUGACUGACGUCGGCUUGACUCAUCUCGCAAGGGGUUGCAGAGGGCUUGAGAAGUUAAGUCUGGUGUGGUGUUCUGCCAUAUCCUCAACAGGCUUGGUGAGGAUAGCUGAGAAUUGCAAGAAUUUGACUUCUUUGGAUCUCCAGGCUUGCUUUAUUGGAGAUCCAGGACUUGUUGCUAUUGGGGAAGGAUGCAAGCUGCUUAGGAAAUUGAACUUGCGAUUUGUUGAAGGCACCACAGAUGAAGGCUUGAUUGGAUUAGUAAAGAACUGUGGCCAAUCGCUGGUCUCACUUUCUGUUGCAACUUGUCUUUGGUUGACUGAUGCAUCUUUACAUGCUGUUGGAUCCCACUGCCCUAACCUAGAAAUUCUAUCGGUGGAAUCAGAUCGUGUUCAAAGUGUGGGAAUAAUAUCUAUUGCUAAAGGAUGCCGACAAUUAAAAACCUUGAAGCUACAAUGUAUUGGUACUGGGGAUGACGCCCUAGAUGCUAUUGGUUCAUUCUGUCCUCUUUUAGAGAUCUUGUCACUCAACAACUUCGAACGAUUUACAGACAGGAGCCUUACUUCAAUUGCAAAAGGGUGCAAGAAUCUCACAGAUCUUGUUCUCACUGAUUGCCAGUUACUAACUGAUAGAAGCCUUGAAUUUGUAGCUCGUAACUGCAAAAAGUUAGCACGUUUGAAGAUCAAUGGUUGUCAGAGCAUGGAAUCUGUUGCACUGGAGCACAUUGGGCGAUGGUGUCCGCGCCUUUUGGAGCUCUCUCUAAUUUUCUGCCCCAGGAUCGAGAACAGUGCAUUCCUGGAGAUUGGUAGCGGCUGCUCCCUUCUUAGGACUCUUCAUUUGAUUGACUGCUCAAGAAUAACUGAUGACGCCUUGUGCCACAUAGCUCAAGGCUGCAAGAACUUAACAGAACUUUCUAUUCGGCGUGGUUAUGAGGUUGGAGACAGGGCAUUGGUGUCUAUCGCCGAGAACUGUAAAUCGCUCAGAGAGUUAACGCUCCAGUUCUGUGAGAGGGUAUCCGAUGCAGGGCUAUCUGCAAUCGCGGAAAACUGCCCUCUGCAUAGGCUAAACUUGUGCGGGUGCCACCUAAUCACCGAUACCGGGCUGACGGCAGUUGCCAGAGGAUGCCCUGAUCUAGUCUUCCUGGAUAUGAGCGUCCUUCGGAUCGUAGGUGACAUAGCGCUUGCGGAGAUAGGCGACGGCUGUCCGAAGCUGAGAGAGAUCGCGCUCUCCCACUGCCCUGAGGUCACCAACGUCGGCCUGGGCCACCUUGUGCGAGGGUGCCUGCAGCUGGAGUCCUGCCAGAUGGUCUACUGCCGGCGGAUCACCAGCUCCGGGGUGGCGACCGUCGUCUCGGGCUGCGGGAGGCUGAAGAAGGUCCUCGUGGAGGAGUGGAAGGUGAGCGAGAGGACCCGGCGGAGGGCGGGGCCCGUCCUGUCGUUCCUCUGCACCGGGCUCUAGUAAGUAGGGUUCGCAAGAAAGGGCAAUGAAUCUGCCCAGCGUCAGACUUGCUCAAGUCUUUGGAUGAACAGAGCUUGUCUUGCGCUGGUGCUGUGUUGUGUCGUAUACCAUAGUUCCAUAGCAUCGUUCGUUGCCUCAAACAAAAGGUGUUGUGUGAACUGUUUUAAUUUACUCACAAUGUGUUGCACAGAUCGAAAAUGUUGUACCAGAUGUUGUAUCAGAAGUGAUGACCAAAUAAAGACGAGACGAAGGAAGUGGCAAGAGCUUCAUCAAAUGCUGUACCAAAUUGCUGUUACUCGUCUUGUACCUCGAGUGCUUCUUCGAUUUCUAUGCCACGUGUUCACGUCCUCAAGUCAGGCAUGUGAGAUAUAGGAAAGAAUUGUAUUAUCAUCAAACUUUAAAAUGUUGUGUGGACUGUUUUAAUUUACUCACAAUGUGUUGCACAGAUCGAAAAUGUUGUACCAGAUGUUGUAUCAGAAGUGAUGACCAAAUAAAGACGAGACGAAGUGGCAAGAGCUUCAUCAAAUGUUGUACCAAAUUGCUGUUACUCGUCUUGUACCUUGAGUGCCUCUUAUGUCACGUGUUCACGUCCUCGAGUCAGGCAUGUGAGAUAUAGGAAAGAACUGUAUUAUCAUCAACUUAACGUCAGAAAGUUGUUAGUGCUGUUCAGCAGAACAUCGCUACGUAGUUCACGAGCCGUUACAAACACUCCUCCGAAUAUCAUUACACAACGAAUGGCAAGCACUAUCUCUUCACUUUUUUUUAUUUUGGUGGUGUAUUUUCUCCAGAAUCUCUCUCUCUCUAUAUAUAUCUCUUUUGCUUUAA